GUCGGCUGCCCGAUCUGGGUGUUGGCUUGCACAUGCAAAUACCCACAACCUGAGCGAACCCUACGGACAGUUUACAUUGCUAUCUUUACCUUGAAUACAAUCAACACAAAAUAACAUUCCCAAAAUGACAGACCAAAACAAAGGAUCACAAAAAACCUACAAGGAGGCUGCAGGGGAGUACUACAACCAGAAGUACGAGACAUGGAUGCCAUGGAUCGAGGAUCAGUACCUGAAGUGGUUCACCAAGGAUAACAAGGCUUCUUACGCUACCAAACAGAACCUCGACAAGACCAAAGUCACAGGCGUAUCCCAGGUCGACAACCUCCAAGACGGUGUGAACGGCCUCGUCGGCGGCCAAGUUGGCAAAGGAGGAAUCGCACAACCCCUCGGUGACGCCGUCUCCAAAGAGGGUAUCAAUCGUGCUGAACGCGGCGGCAAGGAUGAACAAGGCAAGCCCAUCGAGGGACAAGGCCCACUGGGUGGCUAUGGCCAGAGUGCUGCGGAUGGAGUGAAGGGCGGUGCGAGCAGUGUUGCAGGAGGCGCGAAGAGCGCUGGGGGUUACAUUGGAGGCAUGUUUGGUGGUGGUAAGGGAGAGCAGAAGAAGUAGAGAGGUAGAGGCAGGUGAUAUGAUACCACGAUCCAUAGGAUUUUUACUCUAGGCAGACCAAACUGAACAGUUUUGUGCUGGAUUUCGUAGUUUUAUGCUUGGAAUUUAUCUUCCGUAGUAAUACAUAUAUACUCUCUGGUCGUUGUUGCAUCGUUCGUUGGCUUACAGGAAAACCUCCCUCAUAUCAUCAAGACGUUGACAUGGAGGAUCUCUACACUACGACGUCGCGUGUGCAUCCACGUCUACCACGGUGCCUUCCCCCUCUUCCACC